AUGAGACUGAAUUUCAGCGAGCCCGCGACUCCGACGCUGAGCCGCCAGAACACUGGGCUGUACGGCCGGCAUCACCGGCGCCGCAGGACGCAUCCGCACCUGCUGUCAUCGCGCGCAAAGCCCAGAAGAUGGCCACUUGUCUUCCGAUUUAUCAAGGGCGCGAUCCACGCUGCGAUCUUGCUGCCCGUCUUCUUCCACGCCGUGUUCACGGCCUUCGUGGUGUAUCUCGACAAUUACAUCUUCGACACGGUGGGCUUACCCACUAGUAUCGUCAGUCUCUUUCCUUCUCUCUAUCCCUCAACCACCCAACUAAUACCACUCCAGAUCCCCUCUCUAUCAAUCGUAGUCGGCCUCAUGCUCGUCUUCCGCAACCAAACCUCCUACAACCGCUUCUGGGAUGGCCGCAACGGCAUGACCUCCCUAAACACUUGCGUACGCAAUCUCGUCCGUACAACCAUAACAAAUAGCUACAACACCACGCGCGGUCCCCCCACCUUGGCCGAGCGAGAAGAUAUCGAACGCACGGUGCGCAUCUUAAUGGCCAUCCCCUACGCCGUCAAGAACCAUCUCCGCGCUGAAUGGGGGGCCGCCUGGGUUCUGGGCGGGACAUUUGGUACGGACAUGGACGAGCGCGGCACUACGGCGUAUAACCCCGACUAUGCGGGGUUGCUCCCCGUUGGUCUGGAGGGCCAUGAAGAUGAAGGAUUGGGUCUGCCUGCGCCUGGCGCGAGCCAGAUGCAGGCGCAGUUGAAUGCGCUGGUGGAUGCGUAUGGGCGCAUGGAGACUAUUAAGCUGACGCCAAUUCCGGUGGCUCAUCUAAUUCACCAAAAACAAGUCCUCGCGCUCUUCGGCUGCGUUCUCCCCUUCGCCAUGGUCGACGAGAUGGGCUGGUGGGCCAUCCCCAUCGUCAGCCUGGUGAUUUUCACUCUCUACGGGAUUGAGGGGAUUGGCUCCCAGCUGGAAGAUCCCUUUGGGUAUGACCGCAAUGAUAUCAAGAUGGAUGCCCUUGUUGGCGACUCGAAGAUGGAGAUUGAUGUUGUGUUGGACGAGUGGCGCGCGAGAUCAAAGGUUCAGGAUGCUGCUGCUUCUACCGCGGCGCCUGCUGGUCAUGGAGAACGGUGUAAGGAUAACUCAUUCGACGCUGGAGACGAGGGCGAUCGCGAGGAGAUGUUUGUGCCGCCAGAUUUGUUUUUGAAAUUGAGGCCUAGGUCGGCGAUCUAG